CGGUACUACUGUCUGGGCUCUGGAGUCAGGCAGAGCCGGUCUUGAAAGCAGCCUGUGGGACUCAGGUGUUGAGCGCUCCUGGCAAAGUCGGGUACAGUCCCUGUGAUCAGCGGUCACACCUGGCAAUGACGUAUAUCGCUGAGGGAUGCAGUGCGAGGGCCUGAGAUGCGCCAGGUCUGUGUGUCUGUCCCCAGCACUCUGCAAGGCUAGAAAAGGAGGAGGAACCUGUCCAGAAUCUCUGCAGGACAAGGAAAAGAAGGGAAAAUUCAACAUGGAAAAACUCUACAAUGAAAAUGAAGGAAAGCUGGAAAUUGAGGGAAAGCCUGAAGAUGAAGUAGAGCCUGAAGAUGAAGGAAAAUCAGAUGAGGAAGAAAAGCUGGAAAUGGAAGGGAAGCCAGGGCAUGAGGGAAAGCUCCAGAAUAAGGGACAACCAGAUAAUGGGGGACAACCAGAAGAUGAGGGAAAGCAAGAAAAGCAGGGCAUGUCCAACAAUGAGGGAAAACCACAUGUUGAGGGCAAGCCAGAAUCCCUGGCAAAGGCUGAGAGUGAACCACGGGCUGCCGAAAAGCGCCCAGCUGAAGAUUACGUGCCCAGGAAAGCAAAAAGAAAAACAGACAGGGGGACAGAUGAUUCCCCCAAGGACUAUCAGGAGGACUUACAGGAAAGGCACUUGGGCAGUGAGGAGAUGGUGAGAGAAUGUGGAGAUAUGUCAAGGGCUCAGGAAGAGCUAAGAAAAAAACAGAAAAUGGGUGGUUUCCACUGGAUGCAAAGAGAUGUACAAGAUCCAUUUGCCCCAAGGGGGCAGCGGGGUGUCAGGGGCGUGAGGGGCGGAGGUAGGGGCCAAAGAGGCUUACAUGAUAUCCCAUAUCUUUAAUGCCUUUGGCCUUCAAUUUUGUUUUCUCUGAUGAGAAUAUUGCUGAUGCUGCUUUCCCUGGUAGGCAUUUGCCAGGCUAUGUGCUUUAACCUUAAGCUGAUAUUUUGUUUUAGGUGUCACUCUUGUUACCAGCAGCCUUUUGAUCCAGCUAUAAUGCUCUCUGCCAUUCAGUAGAGAAUUUUCAUCCAUGUGCAUGGAAAAGAUGUUCAUGGUACAUUGCAAAAAUAAUAAAGAUAAAAUAAUUUCAGAACC